UGUCUGUACUAUUACUAUGGGAACACUUCUGCUUCUGGUAACUUGUAUCCUACAUUUACUGCCAGUAUCCCUUCAGUUCAAAGAUAUCUACCACGGCUGCACUGUACUGUACGAAGGGUGUGAUAUAGAUGAGGGGAGGUGUGUAUGUGGGAGGACUAUUGACUCUUGCUACAACACAUUCCUGUUUAACAACAUACAGCACUGCAAGAGCGAGCUAUUCAAACCUACUUCAAACCAGGAGAGCGGCGUACCAGCCGUGUACCCGUCCUGUGUAGCAGCCCAAUACAACCCCAUCUGUAACCCUGCCCACAUCUCCACCAAGUACUGCCAUGGUUCCUGUGACACUACCUGUUGUCUUAUUGCAGAAGAUGGCUGCCUCCCUCCUACUAAUGUCUACGUACCAGCCAGCGCAUGUGGUGCUGCUGAGCGCGAUGUCUGCCAGGGUCACAGGUGCAGUAAGGGCUACAAGUGUGAGUCGGUGAAGUUAGAGAACUGCCUUGUAUUGCCCUGUAAGAAGCGUCCUUCCUGCGUCGUAGAUGACGAGUUCAACCCCUGCCCGUUGGUUACCUGCCCUCAAGGAAGACAUCCCAAGAUUUGUGUACGACGUCGAUCUAAUUGUCGGAGAGACAAAUGUCCGUACACUUUCAGCUGUGAGCUGGUUUCCAGCUUCGUGAAAAUAUCUGGACGACGAGCUGGUUGUCCACACUGUCCAAGAUUGGCUAUACAGGAAUCAUACUGCAAAAACAAUUUUGCGGCCAGAGUAAAGGUAAAGGAGCUGAUAUGGAGCAAACGGUUUUACAAGUCGUUAGGUAUCUGUGACUGGUACAGCAGCACUGUUGAGUAUAUAGUGAGAGGGAACCCUCCGCAAACCGCCCUGGGAAACGCUACUCUGCUUGUAAGACGGGACCGCUCUUGCUCCUGCCUCCCCAGCCUUUCUUUAGGAGAGAGGUACCUUAUGAUAGGGAUGGUGCUGGGACACGCCUACGAUGAUAUGCCCCAGAUUCUCCACAUUCCUACACACGGUUUCAUCAAGCCUUGGCAAGUGAUCAGAAAAAGGCACCAGCUUCUGAACUUUGGAGAAUGCCCUGAUUCCCCCGGAUUCUACUCCUGAACAUCCCUUUUAGCAGGAUUACCCCAUGAUAAUAAAGUAGUGAGCAAACUGGUCACCUCAACACGAGAGACAAUGUAGAGA